UUCAGAUUGUUACUAAUAAUGAGUGCGCCAUCAGUAAGUAAAGCAGCUUUGGAACGUAAAUUUAUUGAAUGUGGUGAACGAGAUCGGAUGAAGGAAUUGUUAUUGCAAAGGUUGCGAGAAAGUGGUUGGGUAGAAGAAGUGGAGAAUAUGUGUCGGAAUUGUAUACAAAAUAAGGGUAUCGAACAAGUAACACUUGAAGAUGUGUUGAGCGAUGUACGAGUACGAGCCAGACGAGCUGUACCAGAUGAAGUAAAACGUGAACUGAUGCACUGUAUUCGUUCAUUCUUACAGCAGCAGUCUGGUAUUAAUGAUCUUUGAAUUUCAAUUCCCCAUUUUGUCAUCUGAUAUAUUCGCAGGGCCGGUUAAUUUUUAUUACCGGUCUUUUCGUUUUUUUUUUUGUUCCAUAUUUGAGUUGCAUUGUCUCGAAAUGCUUUCCAUAAUGAAUUAAUUUAAUGAGUGGAAUUCCUAACUAAAUAAUUAAUUGAACUGAUAUUUUCAACUGAAUUGUAACUGACCCCAAAUCGCAAACGAGAUUUGGAAGACUC